UUUCACUGCGCUCAACUUCCUUCCCUUCCCAUUUCACCCCACCCUUUCCCCGAUUUCCCCUCCGCAGCUCUCCCUUUCCACCCCUUUCACCGCGCUCCACUUCCUUCCCUUCUCAUUUAACCCCACCCUUUCCCGGACUUCUCCUCCGCAACUCUCCCUUUCCACCCCUUUCACCGCGCUCCACUUCCUUCCCUUCCCAUUUCACCCCACCCUUUCCCCGACUUCCCCUCCGCAACUCUCCCUUUCCACCCCUUUCACCGCGCCCAACUUCCUUCCCUUCCGAUUUCACCCCACCCUUUCCCCGAUUUCCCCUCCGCAGCUUUCCCUUUCCACCUCUUUUUUUUUUUUUUUUUGAAUUUGAGUUGUUCUUGUUUUAUUUUCCUUUGUGUCUAUAUGAUUCUUUUGCUCCCCAAUCUGCUCCUAUGAUGAUCCGCGAUCCGCAAAGCUACUCCUAUGACCCUACUCCUAUGACCCGCGAUCCACCAAGAAGCCCAAUGGGCCAUCAUUUGAUGGCCCAGCCCACAAUCUGGCAAGUUUGAUGCGUCCGUGAGAAGCAGCUCAGCCCACAAUCAAUUCUCCAUGGCCCAACCCACAAUCUGGCGAGUUUGAUGCGUCCUUGAGAAGCAGCCCAGCUCACAAUCAUUACUUCAUGGCCCAGCCCACAAUCUGGCGAGUUUGAUGCGUCCUUGAGAAGCAGCCCAGCCCACAUUCAUUGCUCCAUGGCUCAGCCCACAAUCCUAGUGAGCAUCCCACUUGUUGAACUAGCUCUCUGCCUCUAUAUAAGGCUACUGUAGGACCGUGCAACACUCCGAAACCUAGUGCGUGGAGACCAGUGGAGCAAAGCAAGUGGCAAAGUUGGCAGGGGCUUGGAACCAUGCCCUCCAUUGAGGCAAUGCGUCUGUUUGUGAAAGUUCUGGAGGAAGAAAAUCCUAGCUGGUAUUCGAGGGCAUCUAAUGAUAUUCCAGAUCCUGUCGUGGAUGUUCAGAUCAGUCAGACAACAAAAGAUGAGCCUGUUGUUGAGAACGGGAACUCAUUUAGCGAGACAAAGACAGUUUCUGCUGAGAAUGGGCAUUUGGCAGAAACCCAAGAUAAAGAUGUAGUCUCGGAAGACCCAAAUACUGUUUUUGUAUAUAACCAGUGGACUGCACCCCAAACAUCAGGUCAGCGGCCGAAACCCCGUUAUGAGCAUGGAGCAGCAGUUAUUCAAGAUAAGAUGUAUAUAUAUGGUGGAAAUCACAAUGGCCGUUACCUUGGUGAUCUUCAUGUUCUAGAUUUAAAAAGUUGGACUUGGUCAAGAGGUGAAACCAAGGUUGCAACUGAAUCAGAGGAAACAUUUCCAACACUACUAUCUCCUUGUGCUGGUCAUUCUUUGAUACCAUGGGACAACAAAUUGCUGUCUAUCGGUGGUCAUACUAAGAAUCCCUCAGAAUCUAUGCAAGUGAGGGUCUUCGAUGCCCAUACCUGUACAUGGUCAAUGUUGAAGACAUAUGGGAAACCACCGGUUUCACGUGGAGGCCAGUCAGUCACAGUCGUGGGUAAAACCUUGGUGAUAUUUGGUGGACAAGAUGCAAAGAGAUCACUUCUGAACGAUUUGCAUGUACUUGAUCUAGAAACUAUGACCUGGGAUGAGGUAGAUUCCAUAGGUGUAUCUCCGUCUCCGAGGUCUGAUCAUGCUGCUGCAGUGCAUGCAGAACGUUACCUUCUUAUAUUUGGCGGGGGUUCACAUGCUACAUGUUUUGGUGAUCUGCAUGUCCUCGAUUUGCAGACUAUGGAGUGGUCAAGACCAGCACAACAAGGCGAGGCACCAACUGCCCGAUCUGGACAUGCUGGCGUGACAAUUGGGGAGAACUGGUUUAUUGUUGGUGGCGGUGAUAACAAGAGCGGGGCAUCUGAAAGUGUUGUACUAAACAUGUCAACUCUUUCAUGGUCGGUAAUUGCUUCAGUUGAAGGACGUGUACCUCUAGCUAGCGAGGGAUUAAGUUUAGUGGUGAGUUCAUACAACGGUGAAGAUGUACUAGUAGCUUUUGGUGGAUACAAUGGACGUUACAACAAUGAGAUUAAUCUACUUAAACCAAGCCACAAAUCAACACUGCAACAAAAGACUAUAGAAGCGCCUUUGCCAGGUAGUCUUUCUGCUGUUAACAACGCCACAACCAGAGACAUCGAGUCAGAGGUGAGCCAAGAAGGCAGAGUACGGGAAAUUGCCAUGGACAAUGUUAGCCCUGGAUCAAAGGUUGAAGUAAACAAUGAACACAUUAUUGCGACUCUUAAAUCGGAGAAGGAAGAGCUGGAGGCAUCACUGAACAAGGAGAAGUUGCAGACUCAACAACUAAGGCAAGAGUUAUCAGAAGCCGAAUCACGAAAUGCAGAUUUGCACAAGGAACUUCAGUCUGAUCGUGGUCAGCUUCAAGCGGAACAAUCAAGAUGUUUUAAACUUGAGGUUGAUGUUGCAGAGCUAAGGCAAAAGCUUCAAACGUUGGAAACACUACAAAAGGAACUGGAACUCCUCCAACGCCAAAAGGCUGCCUCUGAACAAGCAUCAACGAACGCUAAACGUCAGAGCUCCGGUGGUGUCUGGGGUUGGCUUGCUGGAAGCCCUCAGGAGAAGGAUGAUGAUUCGCCAUAGUUUGUAUUUUUCUUUUUUUGGUUUCUUCUUCCAGUAAGAUCUUUCAUUACCCUUCCUUUUUUGAGCUUUAUAUUAGCCUUUUUUUCUAUGUUACUUAUGAUUCGUGUUAUAUCUCUGUUAUACAACUUAUCACUAGAUAGAAUAGUGUAUUUAUAAGAAAAUAUUUUUGUAUACAACUUUCUUUUUUUUCAAACAAACGUAGCCAGCUUUCGGUAUUGCUGGGCUA